UAUUAUUAUUAUUAUUAUUAUUAUUAUAUAGCGUAUGAAAUUAUAAUGGUCCGUGAUUCUAUGUGCGAUUAUCUUACACCCUAAACACAUUAAAUACUUUACAUGUUCCAAUUUUUUAAAAAAGAACCAUUUUUAAGGAACUUGGUGUUCUUUAACAACUUAUUAAAACAUUGUUAUAAAAGCGGAAUGUAUUGUUCUAUUGUUACUCACAAGACAAGAACGUGUCGUUCCCAUAGGGAAUUUGAUGGAAUUUAUGUGACGGUAUAUAUCGUUCCACUCUAUUUGUUCCGUUGAAUUCUUUUAUAUAUCAUAACGAUAAUAUAUGCGAAAUGAUUAUCUUGAGGAAUAGUUAUUUAAUUAUGAAUACUCUGCAGUCUAAUUUAUAUUGUGCCACUUGAAAUAAUUCCGUUUUCGCUGCUACCUUAACUCUGCUAUGGAGAGCGUCCUUCAUUAUAAAAAGGAAUUGUUUUAAUGAGAAGUUUCUCAACUAAUACUUUGUAUACGAAGUAAAGUAUAAGAGAACUUUAAAGAAAUCGGAAUGACAAAACGAGUCUUGCAAAAGCCUGCGUGGAAAGAGGCAUUGGGAGCCUCAAUGAGAUCGAAAAGGCUUAAGUUAAUGCCUGAUAAAGAUAACCGCUUUUGUUGUCCUGUGGCUGAUUGUGACAGCGAGUCGUAUGGAAGUAAAAGAGGGUGUAGAAAACAUGUCUAUAACCGUCAUGGAUGGUUUUAUUAUUUCGAUAAAAGACCGAAUAUCGACGAAGUACUUCCCCACUUCAGUACGAGAAAUCGCAUAAAAGAUCCCCAAAGAAAGCGCGCCUCCACAUUUUCAAUGCCGUCUUUUGCUAAAACAUGUAAUUUGGCAGUUGCAUUUAGGACAUGGUUAAAAAGUCCAGGUGGUGGUGGUAAAGAUCAUUCUCAGGCCGAUCAAAUAACUUGUAAAGUUUUAAAGUAUGCCAAAUAUUGCUGCGAGGAUUCUCCUUCGGUAUGGGAAGUACCAUUCCCUGUUAUCGACUACUGUGUUGGCUCUAUUAAUAUGCUUUCUGAUUUCGUAGAUUUUUUGAGAGACCAAUGGAAGGUUGGCUUCUCAGGAAUAAUUGGCUACAUGAAUGCUAUUGGGCACAUGCUUGAUUACAGACGAAGCGCAGGUACGACUGAAAAAAAUUUGUCGGUAUUUGUUGCUGCAGAGAUUUAUUUGCACCGUGUUAAGAAAUUCCUCCUUCGUAAAAUGAAAGCUGAAUGGAAGUGUAUCUUAAGUGUUGAAUAUCUAAACAGUAUAGACUGUUGGGCAACACUAUAUGAUUUACAAAAGGUGAUACCAUACCAUAGUGAAAAAUAUAAACAAAUUGUGUUAAAUGCUAAAAACGCAAGUGCAUGUGUCGCAGCACACGAUUUAUCAUUUUCGACUUCCUUCAUAGUAGCUGUAUUAUUUUUAAUGGUGAAGGCUUCAAGACCCAUGACGUAUCAAACUCUUACAGUAACAAUGAUUAAAGGCGUGAAAGAGGAUGGUUUUAUAGAUCAGAAUGUCUUUAAAACUGCGGAGAAAUACGGAUUUGACUCUCUUUAUUUUUCCAUAGAUGUACUCACACUAAUAAACGAAUACAUUGACAAUGUACGACGAAGAUUGAACCCCACCAACGAUUAUCUACUAGUGUGUCGAAAUGGUAAGCAGUUGACGCGUAUUUCGGACGUAUUCGGUAGAAUUGUUUAUCAAGCAAUUGGUAAGUAUAUAAAUCCUACACGAUAUAGGCAAAUCAUCGAAACCGAAAGUGUUGCACACUUAGAAACAAAAGAACAAGCAAUUCUUUCUCAAGAUCAAAAACACACGUCGCAGGUAGCUAAAGUUCAUUACCAGAAGACUGAAUCGCGCAAUAUAGCUGCAAAAGCCAGGUUAUGUAUGGAUAAAUUACGAGAUCAAACAACGUGUACUUUAACUGUAAGCGAAAUCAAUAGUAACACCAAAAAUGUGAAAACGUCUGGAAGUACUUUGGAACACGAAACACCUGUUCAAACGAGACAGAAAAAAGUUAGUUUUAGUGCCAUGGAGGACAAGUUUUUACAAGCUGGGCUACAAAAAUAUGGCAAUGCAAAAUGGACUUCCAUUCUCGCAGAUCCUAACUACUCCUUUCAUUGUAGCCGUAAAGCUAGUACAUUGGCGGUUAGAGCGAAGACAAAACAAUUUAUAUAAGUUUAAAUUGUAUUUAUAAUAAAAAUAACUUUGUAAAUUUACAAAGAUUUUUGAAAACCAGAAUA